GUGCAGUGUAGCUGCAGAUACCUGCUCAGCUGGAUAAGCCUUUAAUCAUGGAAAGAAGGCUACUAAAGAAGGAAAUGAGAAAACUCCUGGGAGAUUAUAUUGGCAUCAGACUUCGGGAAAAUGAAUUUGACCCCAAAGGAAGAAGGCAACUCACCUUUCUAGAUGAUAUGGCACACUAUGACUUGGCCAUCAAUGUUGCUCUGCAGUGGCUGGAUCACUCAGAAGACUUAACUUGGCUGGAGUGGGAAAAAGUGAAAAUGCCAUUUCGGGGUAGACCCAUAUAUCCAAACCACAGAGAACGAGAAGCAAUGAUUUUAUCGUCUUAUGCUGGAAUCUUAAUGAACAGCAUCCCAAUUGAGGAAGUCUUUAAAAUUUAUGGAGCUGAUUCUUCUACCAAUUCUGGUGCUACCAAGGUUCCCAGAGCUCCACCCUUCCACCUCUCCUUGCACCCUUUUGCCAUGUUAACAGCACCCAAAGCAGCAGAAUAUGCCCGCAAACAGAGUGUCAAGUUAAGAAGGGGAGCAACGAAUCAAAAUGCCAUCAGCAGCUCUACAAAGGAAGCAAAUGUCACAGAAUGGAAACCAUAAAAUAAUUUAUCUUUGGACACACAGCCAAAGAACAAAGUCACUUAGAAACUUGGAAUUGCACCAUGGGAGUUCGUAAUAAAUUCUCUGGGAGAAGAAAAGUCUCUGCAUCAUCUUAAAAUUGCAACUCUUGCUGGCAUAUUUUUCUUUGCAAUUAGCUUUUGAUACAAAGUGCAUUGAAGUGUUUUUUCGGGUGUUGAGCUUUCUUAGAAUCACAUUGUUUGGCCAUAUUGUGGUUAAAAAAACAAGUAUGUAUCUUAUGCUACUUCAUUAUGACUAGAAGAUUGUUGGUUGGAGGAUUUGGAGAAUAUAUACUAUUUCUGUGUCAGAGCAGACUGGCUUUGUAGGACAUUUUACAAAUGUUUAGCACUGAACAUUUCAGAAUGGUGGAGUAGGAGGCAAUUUUCCAAAGUUUCAAUCCAAAUUAAAUUAACCUGUCAUCAAUUGCCCUUACUAUGUUCUCACAUGGAAAUAUUUAAACUCAUUUCA